CAGGAACCAAGCUCGGCGAGGCGGGGCUUGCGCCGCCUGCCGUGGUUGCCUCCCCGUCGAGCUGUAUGGGCGGCGGCGGCGGCGACGGAGAAGAGAGGCAGAGAGGACGGAAGAGAAAGGCUCCGCGGUGCGCAUGCGCCGAUCUCGAUGGAGAGACAAGGGGGCGAGAGAGACGGAGGGGAGGCCAGGUAAACAGUCGCCCGCCCCCCAAUCCCACCUCUGGCAGAGGAGGAGGAGGAGGGGAUAAUCCGGGGGGCAGGCGGGGGACAGGAUAGGGUUGGACAGUUGAAGGCUCCGUGGUGCGGGAGGCGGCGGGGGACAGCAAUGAGGAGGGGCGCAGGAUUGGGCCCGGGGAUGGGGUGGACGGGUGGGUGUCUUUCUGGCCUCAGUUUCUCAAGGCGAGGUGGCUCUCUUCAGACGAGACUGGGCGGGGCUUCUCCCACAGCAGCUCCUCCCCAUCUCCAGGCCUCUCCCGAUAUCUCUUGUUUUUUGGGACUUCACACGUGCGAGGCCGCUUUUAUUAUUAUGGGCUCGUGUCUAUCUCAGUUGCACUUGGGGAUGUCAAGUGAGCCAAGUCAGUUUGUUUCGUUGGGGCUGCUCUGGGUGUGACUAACGUUUAAGUAAGCAAGCUAUUACCACGACGGCUCUUAUGAUUACUACCGUCAUGUUGUUGUGAGUUUCGUCGGCUCCAAUCCAAAGGGUGACUAACGCUGGGUGCAUGCUUUCUCUCUCUCUCGUUGUUAUUAUUUGCAUUGGUCUGCUCUUGAGGGGGCUAUGGUUGAGUGCAGCCCAGUAGUAUUACACUACUGCUGCUGCUGUUCCCGUCAACAGUUUUAUUGGGUCUAUUCUGAAUGUGACUAACUUUGGGUGCAAGCUGCUGCUGAAUGCAGCACUGCGGACUCUGCGGUGCUUAUCUCAGACCCUCCUUCAAGUGCUUCUCCCCCAUAGGAUGUCCAGUGGGUGGAAUAGGGCUUUUCAGUGGUGGCUCCCUGCUUGUGGAAUGCUGUCCCCAGGGCACCAGACAGAAAUGUAACUUUUUUUACCUGGGCUUUUGGCCCUUAAUUUGAGGGGUUCUAAGUACUUGUGGCUUCUCUUAGUGGCACAGAAUCCGUAAGACCUGCCCUUCGUUUUGUAUGGAUGUGUUUUUAUUAUUAUUAUUUGGUUUGUUGUAACAGGUUUUAAUGUUUAUACUGUGUUGCAACUCACUUUUGUGAGUAAAGUAGUUAAUAAAUAUAAAUAUUGUUUAUUUUGUUAGCUGCACAACACGGUCCCUAAGUUAUCCACAAUCAGGUUUUAAAAACAUACAAAAUAUUAGUGUUGCUAUACUAAUAACAACAGUGAGUAACAAUGUAUGUGGUGCUAUAUAAUAUUUAUAGUAUUACUGUACAACAACACCUGUGUACUGUGUAUAGUAUCUUAGAGUUUCAUUGGCAAGAAUGAGUAGGCCCCUUUCUUCAAGGAGCUUACAUAUUAGAGUGGAGCAGGAGUAAGAAAGGGAUAGGAGCUAGGAGGGCACAGCUUGGGGGACAGGGCAUCUGUUUUUCCAUGCAAAAGGUCCCUGGUUCACUUCCUGGUCAGUUAAAAGGAUUGGAUAGCAGACGUCUCUCUGCCUAUCCUUGCUGCUGAAGAGAGUAGUGGGCUAGCACAGUGUUCUUCAAUCUUAGGCCCCUAGAUUUGGUUGGACUAUGACUCCCAUCAUACCAAUGGUCAUUAGCCAUUGGUCAGGAAUGAUGUAUGCUGUAGUAAAACAACAUCCUUGAUAGAAGGCAGCUUCCUUCUUGUAUGAACACAGGAAGGUAUGCAUCAUUCAAGCUUUGUUGCCAUCAGCUUGGAGGAUCAAAGGAGUGGUGUGACUUGGUGGGUUGUUGCUUUCCUUGGAAAAGCUGCACGUCUAACCCCCACCUUGUGAUGCAGUGUAAGAAACCGGGAUAGAAAAGCUUGGAGCCAAAUGGCUUCUGGGACCUGGGUUGUUAAUGCAUGUUUAAUUUGGUGUUUACAAUAAAAAAUAUCGGUACCAUACUUCAGUUUUCAAAACACUCCAUUGUUAAUAUCCUUAACGCAUUGUCUAUCUUUAACAUAUACUUUGAGGCUUCAGAGCACUUACAUUUCAGUAAUCCUUGAGUAUCCGCCAGCCGCAAAAACCGGUACCUAGACGUUUUGAGGAGCUCACAAAUGGAGAAUCGUUAGGUGCAAAUGCGCCUGGUGCCUUACUAAUUUCAAGCCCUGGUAUGAUGUGUAUGGAGUCUGAUCCCUACACCACCCUGCCUUCUUUAAAUAUCUGUGUGAGUGUUUAUAUAGUGCUAUCAGUGUAUAUAGCCCUCUGCAGGGGAGCAUAAAAUGGGAAAGGUUGCUGACCUGGUAAGCUUGCAAUCUAAAACUUAAAAGUGAUGAUGGGGUGCAAGAGAAGUGCCUCCUCUCGUUCCAAGUGUGGGGUUGUGUUGAGUGCAGGUCUGAACCAUGGUGCCAUCACUGUACAUGACACUUCACGGAAAUGCACAUAAUACAGUGGUGCCUCGCAAGACGAAAUUAAUUCGUUCCGCGAGUUUUUUUGUCUUGCGGUUUUUUUCGUCUUAUGAAGCACGGUGUCGGAAAAGUUUUGGAAAAACUUCAAAAAUCACCAAAGUCUUCAAAAACCUCAAAAAAGGCUACCACACCGCGUGCUAUGAGUUGCUCCUCGAAGUCAAGUCGCAACUGUAUUAACGGUUUUAAGAAAAAGGAAACAAACUUGCAAGACGUUUCCGUCUUGCGAAGCAAGCCCAUAGGGAAAAUCGUCUUGCGAAGCAACUCAAAAAACGAAAAACCCUUUCGUUUUGCGAGUUUUCCGUCUUGCGAGGCAUUCGUCUUGCGAGGUACCACUGUAUUUAAAAACCCAAGGACUGGAUGGGUCCCCAGCCGAAGGACAUUGCAAACUAGUAAGUGUUCAUAUGAGUGGUUAGAGCAAUAAGACGUUGUCUCCAUUGGUUGCUCUGUUCCCUCCCCUCUGGUGCCCGAGGGAGGAAGUUUGUGAUGCAAAUUGAUCCCUAUAAUUUAAUGUACCUUCUCACAGUCCGCACUUGUGGGAUGUCAGUAAUCUCUAUUACUGAUUUCAUAGAAUCAUAGAAUCAUAGAAUCAUAGAGUUGGAAGAGACCACAAGGGCCAUCGAGUCCAACCCCUGCCAAGCAGGAAACACCAUCAGAGCACUCCUGACAUAUGGUUGUCAAGCCUCUGCUUAAAGACCUCCAAAGAAGGAGACUCCACCACACUCCUUGGCAGCAAAUUCCACUGUCGAACAGCUCUUACUGUCAGGAAGUUCUUCCUAAUGUUUAGGUGGAAUCUUCUUUCUUGUAGUUUGGAUCCAUUGCUCCGUGUCCGCUUCUCUGGAUUUAUUUAUACAGUACGAGGGAUGCCCAUCUCUAAGUGGUAGAGCACAUGCUUUGCAUGCUGUAAAGACCCAGACGUUCCCUCAUAGGGCUUGGAAAGACCUGCCUGAAAUCUGUCACAGUGGGUGUAGAGCAGGAUGAAUAAAAGCAAGUUCUUCUUUACACAGCACAUAGUUAAACUGUGGAACUCCCUCCCAUAGGACACAGUGAUGGCUACCAACUUGAGGACUGGAAAAAUUCUUGCCACAGAUACACAUGUGGCAGUUAUUUCCAGGUUAGACAGCUGUAAGGUGCUCUACAUGGGGCUACCCUUGAGAAAGGUCUGAAAUUUGCAAUUGGUCCCAGCAAAUUAAGAGUGCUGCUGGGAACUUGGUUGCAUGAUACAUCUGUUGCAAUGCCUCCCAGUUCGUUGCCUGGCUCAGUACAAGGCACUGGUUUUUACCUUUAAAUGCAGCUCCACCCUGUGAACCAGCUUGUGGGGUGGUUUCUGCAUCCCUGUGAGGCAUGUGGAAACUAAGGACCUGGGAUAGAACAUCUUCAUCAGUGGUGCCCAGGCUGAACAUUGGGAGAUCCAGCUUUCCACUUAAAGCCUUUUAGUGACAAGUUGAAAUGCUUUCCGGGCAUUUCAUGGAAAUUCUUCUAGCUUUUGACUCUUCAGCUUGUUGGUCCUUUUGCUUUUUGCAUUAAGGAUGGCCAGAUUUGUUUGGUGCUUCUGUUCUUAGAAUUCUGAGCCGCCCAGGCAAUUCCAUAGUAGUGGAAAUAAAUGAAUAUUACAGAGAGCUUUUUUAACCAAAAGCUAAAAUCUGAAAGCACUCUGGGGCAUUGAAAUUAGGGCAAAAUUGCUUAGCUUUGGUAAUAGCAUUAUUAUUAGUGUGUGAGGAAAUGAGGCAGCAGAACGAUAGGCAUCAUCUUCACGAAUCUGUGUUUUCCUUCCCAGGGUCUGGAUGAAGCAGCUGUGAAGCAGUGGAAGACUAAAAACCCAGGCUGCAGUCUUCUGAUGCAUAGUGGAGUGAAGAAAUGAAGGGGUGAGAGAGAGAGAGGAUGCCUCUGAAUAUAUUUUGCUUUCUGGGGGGUGAGCAAUGGGGGGUGGCUCUUAGUCUCAGGCCCUGCUUGGGGGCUACCUGGGGGUAUCUGCUUUGCUUCAGGGUGCUAGCCACAGGGCUCUUAUUAUGAGAGUGAGUGAAUGGCCCCACAAGUUUCUGAGAUAAAUUCUGUUUGUAAACAAUAGCAGGGCUGUUAGGCCUAGUGGCUGAUAGUUCUCUUUUCCUCCUGCUCCCAGGAUAGUUGCCCUGCCAGGGAGUCCAGCAUCCUGGGACCAGAACAAAAGAUUCUGGUGAGCCCACAAGCAGGCCUCCCCUCAUUCAUCCUCAGCCAAAAGGCAUAUUGCCUCUCUCCUUGAAGGAUUGGACAGAUUCAUGGAGCAUAAGGCUAUAAAUGGCUUCUGGCCAGGAAAGUUAUGCUCUGCCUCCAUGGUCAGAGCCAUAGGAAGGAGGAGUGCUCUUGAGCUCAAGUCCUGCUUGCCUAACCUCCCUCACAGGGUUGUUGGGAGGAGAAAGUGGGGUGGGGGGAAGAACUAUGCGCUCCACCUUGAGCUCCUUUGAGGAGAAGUGGAAUAUAGAUGUAACAAAUACAUAAAAUAAAUUACGUUGCACUUUCUGAUACUGUUUUUAAAUGCUGUAAGCCCCCUUCAGUCCCAACUUGAGAGCAAGGCAAGAUAUAAACACAUUAAAUAACAUUAGCCUCCAAGGUCUGGUGCAUGUGGAGCAGGGUGUCUGCUGAAGGUCUCUUCUAAAUAAGGGAGCCCCUCCCUCCUUCUGUAGCUGGCCACCCUCAAGAAAGAAGCAGAAAGGUGGGUGCACACAGCCCAAAUACUGUCUCUGGGCUCCUGGGUUCUCUCCUCAUGUGCCUUCCUUUUUCUCUUUCUUGGCAGACAGCAGAAAGCGGUAGAGACGGAAGAGGGCACUGUGCAAAUCCAGGAAGGUGAGCACCCAGCCACACCUGCUGCUCUUGCUUCCGGCCUCCCCACCCCCACCCCCAUUGCCUCCCACUCCCCAAAAGCUAAACGGUGAUCUGCUAGUGGAGAUUCCCCUCCACUCCCUUCUAAUCUUCUAGAACAGUGCUCCGGUGGUUGUGCGGGUGGGUGGAGAAUGUUCCUGCCUGGGCAACGCUUAAUGAGCAAAUGUGUCCAUCUCUCUUCCCUGGGCGGCAUCCCCUUCCCUUCUUUCCUUAAGGGGCAGUGGCGACAGGCGAAGAUCCCACCAGUGUGGCCAUUGCUAGCAUUCAAUCAGCUGCUACCUUCCCUGAUCCCAACAUCAAAUAUGUCUUCCGGACAGAAAAUGGGGGCACUCAGGUAAGACACUUAAUCGAAUUCCCCUCGUGCCGCUGGUUUUGUUUCCUUUGGGGUGGGUUGGUGGGUAUGCAGUAUAGUGGCUCUGUUAUUCCUUGACAGUCAGAGGCAGCAGUACCCCCACAAAAGCCACAAGAAGAGAAAAUACUCUUGUGCUUGUCUCCUGCUUGCGGGUUUCUUCACAAGCAUUUGGUUGGCCACUGCAAGAACAGGAUGUUGGACUAGAUGGGCUAUUGGCCUGAUCCAGUACUGUUAUUCUCAUGUUCUUCCCACUAUCUAUUCUCUCUACGUCACCCCUAACUCAGCACACACACCCCAUCUCGUUUCCCAGCAUUUCUGAAAAAUAGACUAAAACAGCAGGUGUUCAUAAAAAUGGGGAUGGGUCGCCUGUGCUGCCUUGUCCAGUGUGUCCAGAGGUAUGUGGAAGACCCCCAUCUUUGCUCUGCUGAAGUGCUCCAUCCUUCCACCUUCUGGAAGUCCAAGGUGACCAAAGCAUAAGGAGACUUAGCACAGGGUGCCUCCCUGUCUCUGGCAUGCAGGGACUUGUACCCUCUCAGGCUGGUCCUGCCAGCCCCUUCAUUAGCCUGGCCUGUGUGUUCCCCCUUGUAUGCAUGAGCUGCCUCUUGUGCAAAUGCAGUUAUGGGGGCAUCCCGGGACUGCAUCCUGGAGAAAGAGGCCAAGCCAAAUGGUUUGCAAUGGUCCUGCUAGCUCUUGGGGUUAUUUCCAGCAAGGCUCAGGGAAGUGAUGGGGGUCUUAAUUUUUAAAGAAAAAUACCAUACUUUUCCGUGUAUAAGACUAGGUUUUUUUACUCUAAAAUAAUAUUAAAAAAUGGGGGUCGUCUUAUACAUGGGGAUCAUAUUCCCCCAUUUUCAUAAAUUUGAGUCCCCCAAAAUAGGGGUUGUGUUGUACACAGAAAAAUACAGUACAUUUGUAAGAUCCCAGCCCCUCCUUCAAAAUGCUCAGCAUGGUGUAGAUGUUUCUGCUCCCCUGCACAUUUGGGAAGGGCCAUAACUCAGUUGUAGAACAUGUGCUUUGCAUGCAGAAGGUCCCAGAUUUAAUUCCUGGCUGCAUCUGCAGGCAGGGUUGGAAAGGACCCUUGCCUGAAACGCUGAAGAGCUGCUGCUAGUCAGUUUAGGCAGUACAGUCGUACCUUGGUUGCCGAACGCCUUGGAACUCGUAUGUUUCGGCUCCCGAAUGAUCAAAAACUGGAAGUGAGUGUUCCGGUUUUGGAACGAUUUUCAGAAGCUGAACGUCUGGCAUGGCUUCCAUGGCUUCUGAUUGGCUGCAGGAUGUUCCUGCAGCCAAUCGGAAGCCAUGCCUUGAUUUUCGAACAGUUCCAGAAGUCGAAUGGACUCCCGGAAUGGAUUCUGUUUUAGAACCAAGGUACGACUGUACUGAGCUACAUGGACCAAAUGGCAUGACUCAGUGUAAGGCAACUUUCUAUGUUCCCCCCUUGCAAGAAAGUAGCUAGGUGAAAGCAUGUGUCAUAGGCUCACCCAGUCAACCUCAUGGUUCAGCAGGACUCUGAACCUGCGUUUUCUGGCUGGAGCUGAUGAGGGUUUGGAGGGGGGCAGAUUGGCAAAGGCUGUUCUCACCACUAAGCACUUGCUCUGUUAACGAUGUCCCCCCUUUGCUCUUUUCACCAGCUGAUGUACAGAGUGAUUCAGGUAGCUGAGGGGCAGCUGGAUGGGCAGACCGAGGGGACUGGGGCCAUCAGCGGUUAUCCUGCAACACAGUCCAUGACACAGGUGGGUUCUGCUGAGUCAGCGGAGGAAAUGGUGACAUUGCCAAUCUGCUCUAUGCAGUCAUCCUUUCUGGCUGAGCUGUUAGCUCUGCUUCUCUGGCCCCGGAUGGUAUGUGGCUGAUGAAACAGGCUCCUUGAGGCUUAUGGGCAGGAGGUGGAUAUUCUGCAGGCACAUUCACCCCAAUUCUGCAUCUUGAAUAACUUAGGUACUGCUGCAUGUAGUUAGUGCAUUUGCAGCAUUCAGCAUCUGCUAGUCAAUACGUAGGGCCAAAGGGUGAUUCCAGGUGGGGCUUAAUUCGUAAAUGGGUUGUUGAGAUCUUGCAAACAGGUCAUUGGCAAGAGAAGUUUUUCUUCUUACUGGGUUUUCCCUGGAAAUAGUACAUCUGAACUAAUAUAGGGGGUGGGGAUACAGGCUGGCAUAUUUUCGCUGUUUAUAUUGUGUGGACUCUCAAAAUCUUGCAGGCAUGUGGCACCCCCAGACCAACAGAAAGAGCCCUCCUGGAAGCACCCAAAGAGUGACAAGGAAUCCUUCUUAGCUCCUCCCCUUCCCUUUGGCUUUUCCAUAGCUCAUAAGGACUGGAAGUUUGUUUCAUAAAACCAGGCUGCUGAAUAUCAAAUAACUGCCUCUGCCCCUCACUUCUUGCAUCUAAGGUACCUUUGAAGGUAUAAGCAGCUCAAUCCAGGCAGUUGUGGUGCUGUUGGGGUGUUUGUGAAGGGUAUCACUGGAUCACGUUCCUCAGUUUUGUUGAAUUAAUUCAACUAAAUAAGUUUUAAUUGGAUUUUGGAAAACAAAUGUACAAUUAAUCGCUACUGUUUUGAAUUUUGUGUGUGUUAUCUUCGCCAGUGGGUUGUCCAAACUUCUGUUUUGAAUGAUGCUUUUAUAGAGUAUGGUAGAGUGAGACUAGGGAUGAGUUUAUGAAACCAAGGGGGUGGUUGCCUGAGAAGAUUUGGGAACCACUGUGCUAGACUGAAGGUUCUGAACCCUCCUGCGCCGAUUUUGCACUUGUGCCUUGGGCUUCAAUACAAAAGCAAUGUAGGAAGAGCAUCUCAAGGGAGGAGCAUCCUGAGAGAAUAACACCAUUGUCUGUCUCUGCCUGAGAUGGAUACCUGCCCAAGUAUUUGUUGAGGUAGAUGUAUCUGAAGGAGGCUCCUCUCUUCUCCUCCCCCCAGGCUGUCAUCCAGGGCGCAUUCACCAGCGAAGAUGCCGUCGAGACAGAAGCUGCGACUACGGAGACGCACUACACGUACUACCCUGCCACUGCAGUGGCUGACACCAGCACGUCUGCCGGGGCAGGAACCACAGCCACAGCCGUGGUGACGACCCAGAACUCAGAUGCCCUUCUUGGGCAAGCGACACCAACUGGCACAGGUCAGUUGGGUUGGGCUACCUGUGAGACAACUAGAGCCUCCCCUCCCCAGGAGCCUUCUGGCAAGUUCAACUUACUUAGCUCCUUCCCCUGGGAAAUGGAGUUGCUCCCACCUCUGGGCUCGCUACAGAUUUUCCAUAUCAAGAUGGAGCCAUUUUGGCCAUCUCAGGUUGUUCAAAUGAAUUGGAACGAUGUCGCACAUCUAAAACGGUUUUCGCAGAGCACGAGUGGUGAAGUUAGGAGUCUAGGUUACACAGGUUGGACACAGAUUUCGGGAAACAAGCUCCCAUUCCUACAGAUCAGGGAAACCCAGUUUCAGAUGUGAAGGUGCAACCCAGUCAUUUUCAUAUCCUCACCACCACUGCUUCUCCCCCCCUUUAGAACUAGGGCAGCUUGGCCACCUGUUUGGUUUCAUGGCAGUUCCUUCAGAGCUGUGCUGCUCUUCUCUACAACUCUGUCUUGUUUUGAAUUGCACAGGGCAGUUUUUUGUCAUGAUGUCACCACAGGAGGUUCUGCAAAGUGGGACACAGAGGUCCAUCGCACCCAGGACACACCCUUACUCACCGUGAGUGCUCUCCUUCUGUCGCAUGCCAGUCUCUAAAGUUCCUCUUUUAUUCGGGGGUGGGGCACAGUUUCCUUGAGUGUCCAAUGGCUUCCCAGCCUGGAAGGGGGGCUGCUGAGGGCCUCCUCCUGUCUCUGGAAACCUGAAUGGGAAACCCAGUGCCAAAUUGUGUUUUUGACUCCCUCAGGAAGUCUGAAGCUCCACGAACGACCCGAGAUGAGAAACGUCGGGCGCAGCACAAUGAAGGUGAGUGGGAACUGUUUUGCUAACGAAUGUGAUCCUUGAAUUUAGCCACACUGUUCCAUGAGGAGAGGUUGCUUGGAGUGCUGACUGCCUUGCACUCCUCUGUAGGAGGAUCUUCUUGCAGGGCACACUGCAGCACUGCAAUCUGUUCAGCAUCUUGAAGGAGAUUGGUCCACAUCCCACCGUUCUAGUAUGCCAGUCAUUCUUCCACCUCAUGCUCAUUUAUUGUUUUGUUCGAAUUCUUAGUAAGUCUGAGACCCUGUAUGUAUUGAGAUAGAUUUGCGCACAACAGAAAUGUUUAAGAAGAAGAAAAUUCAUGUGAAACCAGAGAGUAUUUGUGCCCAGUUCUCCAGCCAGAAAGGCUACCAGAGCGGUUUACAUACUCAAAACAAGGCAGUCCCUACCCACAGGCUUACAAUCUAGAAACACAAGGGAAAGGGAGCAGACUUGGUGGUGUAUUCUACAUGUGCCAUGGCUUCCGAACUAGGCUUGUACUUCUCCAUCGUGUUCUCUCUCCUGACCCCCAUAUAUACUAUCUUGCUCACAACCUCUUCAGCAUACCCUGUUUCUCCCCCUCCUCCACCUCAUCUAUUAUCUUGCCUGGUAUGUUCUAAAAAAAGAGAAAGCCUCUAAAGAAAUCCUCUAAGGGUGUAAAGAUGUCGCUGCAUAUGCCAGUACAUGUUCACAUCUCAUCCUCCAGGGAUUUUAUUCUGAGUUCUAAAGUAUUUCCAACCCUGGCUAAAAUUCUGGAAAAACUAGUAAGGCCUUUUGAUGCAUUUGAGUUGUGUUCAGUUGCAGGUAAUAAUCGUCAAGAGGUGGGACCCGGCUGGCCACCUUAAAUAGAGAGUUGUGUAUGUAGAAUGACCAGGCCAGGAGGCAGGUCAUUUUGGGCUGGCCAAAAGGCUCUUCUUGAGGAAUAUCGAGUGCUUUUUCACAUAGACCAUAGCUAAACUAUGGAACUGACUCCUGCAGCAGGCAGUGAUGGCCACCAAAUUGGAUGACUUUAAAAGAGGAUUGGACAAAUUCAUGGAGGAGAAGGCUACGAAUGGGUACUCAGCAUGAUAGUGAUGCUGGGAGGCUGUCAUGAUUUCAAAUACCAGUUGCUAGAAACCACAGGAAGGGAGAGUGCUCUUUUGCUUGCAAGUUUCCCCAGAGGCAUUUGGUUGGCCACUGUGAGAACAGCAUGGUGGACUAGGUGGGCCCUUGGCCUCAUCCAGCAGACUCUGUUUAUGAUGUUUAUCUUUCCAUCUCUUCCAGUGGAGCGCAGGCGCAGGGACAAGAUCAACAACUGGAUUGUGCAGCUGUCUAAGAUUAUCCCUGACUGUUCCAUGGAGAACACCAAGUCUGGGCAGGUAAGGGGGCUUGAACUGGCCUUCUGUAGGAGCAGAGACAGUCUGGGCCCGGUUACAGAAAGGCUCCAGCAGGGUGCCAGCCCUUGACUUCAGGCUCGCUCAGUGUCAGCUACUGCAUCUGUGAAGCUGCUUGCCAUUCUAAUUUCCACAGUGCCCUGGCAUGAUGCCAUGUUGACUACAUCAGGGCUUUCUGGGUAAUCUAAAAAUGGUGGGCACAUCACCGAGGGAUCAAAAAGGCCAGAAGGGGCUCUGCCUGAGGGAGCUGACCUGUGCUCAGCACCCUCUCAAACAUUCUGCCUACCAAACUUCAACAUCUUGUAUCCAGAACUCUUCUCUGCACAUCAAACAAAUCGUUCAUUUUGGCAUUUAGUAACCCAUGGUGGUGUCCAUAUCAAGCAGUCUGUUUGCAUGUGCAUGGAUUAAAAAACAUAUAGGUGCAAAACAGGAGGCGUUGGGUGAAGCAGCAGCCAUCAGUUGCUUUGGAUGCCUUGUAAAAGCAGACCUGUUUGCCCAGACUUUCCCUGACCCCGGAAGAUUGGACCCUGAUUUGUGUGUUUCAAUCCCUUUAAUGCCUUUUAAAAUUCCUUUUUACAAGCUUUGCUGCUGCUGCUUUCUUUGUUUUGGGUUGUAUUUUUUCUAUUAAUUCUGUUGCUUUUCUAUUGUUCAUAGCUCAAAGCUUUUUAAAACAUUAAGUGGUUUAUAAGAGCUUUUGAAUAGAAUCUUUAAAAAAACGAUCCCAGGAUCUGUCUUGUCACCCCCAUCAGGAGGAGUCCCCUGCUUCCAUCUUCACCUGGUCUAGGAAUUGUUUGGUUCCCUGGAAACUGUCAGGGGUGUCUUUCCUCUCACACACCUGCCUUAACUUGUCGCAGCACCUGGUUUUAACAUUUCUAGGCAGGAGGAGGCAGUUUUCCGGUCUUCAGGGAAACGGCACACUGGAAUGGGUGGAGGGGGGGGGGUUGAAGAGAGAAGGCAGCCAUGAACUGCCGAGUGUUCCCACCUGAAGUGUCAGGGGCUGGUACUACCCUGGAGUCUCCCCCCUGGGCCCCCAGCUCAAUCACUCACUUUCACUGCAGAGCAAAGGGGGGAUCCUCUCCAAAGCUUGUGACUACAUCCAGGAGCUGCGGCAGAGCAACAUUCGUCUCUCCGAGGAGCUGCAGGGCCUGGACCAGCUACAGAUGGACAACGAGGUCUUGCGGCAGCAGGUAAGGCUGGCCAGAAGGGGGGCAGGGUGUGGAUGUUUUUCUACCAGAAGGGGAGAAGUAGUGGGGAAGCUCUUUAAGGGGUUGGAACUGGCAUGGCAGGGGCUCUUCCAGCAGAGUGCCUAUUGCUUGCAGCGGUAUGUAUGUAUGUAUGUAGGGACGCGGAUGGCGCUGUGGGUUAAACCACAGAGCCUAGGGCUUGCCGAUCGGAAGGUUGGCGGUAUGAAUCCCUGCGACGGGGUGAGCUCCCGUUGCUCGGUCCCUGCUCCUGCCAACCUAGCAGUUCAAAAGCACAUCAAAGUGCAAGUAGAUAAAUAGGUACCACUCCAGUGGGAAGGUAAACGGCGUUUCCGUGCGCUGCUCUGGUUCGCCAGAAGCGGCUUAGUCAUGCUGGCCACAUGACCCAGAAGCUGUACGUCAGCUCCCUCGGCCAAUAAAGCGAGAUGAGCGCCGCAACCCCAGAGUCGGCCACGACUGGACCUAAUGGUCAGGGGUCCCUUUACCUUUAUGUAUGUGUAGGAAUAUAGGAAAUUGCCUUGUGUGGAGAGAAACCACUGGUCUUUCUAGCUCAGUAUUGUCUACACUGACUGGCAGCGAUUUCUGGCAGGCGUCUCUCCUUGGAGAUGCUACUGGGCAUUGAACCCGAGUCCUUCUCAAUGCAGAGCAGAUGCUCUCCACUGAGCUGCAGCCCUUCCCUUAGCAUCUAGGGACAUAGGAAGCUGCCAUAUACUGAGGCAAAUCAUUGGUCCAUCUAGCUCAGUAUUGCCUACGCUGAUUGGCAACAGCAGCUCUCAGGCGUUUGAGGCAGAGGAUAUUCCCAGCCCUGUCUGCAAAUUGAACCUGGAGAGGAAUGGCAAACCAAGCUGAUGGACUAUGCCGUAAUGGCAAAACUGACAGGAAAACUCACAAACUAAGAGGACAGAAACUCUAUAAAAGAAUGGGAAAAAUUUAUAAGCUACUUAGGAGACGACUGUAAGCAGAUGGAAACAUUGGCAGGAUUUUGAUUUCACUUGUAGUGUAACAAUUACCAUGGAUAAUAUGGAUUGAUAUAAUAGAGUAUGGAAGAAUUUGCAGUUUUAAAUGUUCAAAAUGGGACCCCAUGGAGAGGGUGGGGGGAAGUCCCGGAUUUCGGAGGAAUCUAUGUAUAUGGAUAUAUACUUUGAUUUUUAUAACUUUGUACAUGUAAAUCCAAAUAAAAAUGCUUUUUUGAAAAAUGAUUUCAAAUUGAACCUGGGACCUUCUGCAUGCAAGGCAAGCGCUCUGCCGCAGAACUGAGGCCCUUCCCUGCUUCCUUUCUCCCUCUGCAGGUUGAAGACCUGAAAAAUAAGAACCUGAUCUUGCGAGCGCAGCUGCGGCAGCACGGCGUGGAGGUCAUCAUCAAGGACAGCCACUGAUAAGCCACCACUGACCAAGGGCCCUCCUUGCCCGCCUCCUCCUCCUCCGGCACAGCAGCCGAUGGGGGUCCUGUGCCUCGCUGGUGCUUCCACGCCAGGCCCCCGUCCUUGUUGUACAGACCCAGUGAGCAGCGCUGUUGCUCCCGGGCCAGGGAGCUGGGCUGGGCUCAGCUCAGGACACUUGCCUCUGCCCAGCGCUCUUCCUCACGGCCCGGGACCUGGCUUGCCCCCUUGAGCUUAGACGCUGCCUCUCGACACAGUCCUCUGUCUUGAUACGACCCUAAUCAGUUCCAGGGUCAUGACCUUUUCUCUCUUUCUCUCCUCCCUUUGAACAGCACCUCUCACCUGUGCGCUCGACACACCUCCUGCUGUGUCCGUGCAUGCGAUAUUAUGUAGACAUGUUGCACGUCCCCCCUUUCUCCCUCGUGCCGCCUGUAGGCCCUGCCUCCAGAGCACUGCCCAUCUCUGGGCACCUUACUCUUUGUGAGCGUGGAGAGCUGAGAGUCUUCCUCUCCCCCAACCCUGCUUUGUGGCUCUCCGGCCCAAACCAGCCAGUAGGAGGAAACCUUUACACCGCAGUGACAGCCUCACACGCGCUUCCCCUUCAAGGCUGGCCACCUAGUUCUGCCUCUGGGCUUCCACUCAAACAGCUGCAGGUCUGAUGUGGCCCUCAAAACCCUCCCGAGAGUCUGGGCUUGCACUGAAGACAAGCCUGCCACAGCCUCCCCCUUUCUUUGCUCCACACCCUGGAAGGUGAUUUAACGUUGCUCUCUUGCCAUGGAAGCUGUUUGCCAAGGAGGUGAGUGUGGGUUGAGAGCAGCAGUAGCUGUUCUCCCAUCUCAGGUGAUUGGACAACUGGUUGGGGUGAUGCUUCUCUCUUUUUUUGUUUUGUUUUCCCCCCUGUUUUUUUUUUUUUUAAAGUAAGUCUGGAUUAAAAAAAUAAAGUAACGGAAAAGCAGGG